GGUUCUCGGACCUGAAAGUGUUCGGACCGAGAACACGCUGGACUCUCGAGCGUACUGUGUGACAUCGACGUUGUUUUAAACUUUCAACGCUGUCCUAAAGACAACUCUCACCCCGCCUACUUAGUGUUUGACAGAAAUCGACAAAGUCUUCCUUAGAGCUCAACGUCGCAUAUGUUAUGAUCCAAAAUACGCCCUAGACAAAGUCCCACCUGGCCCACCUGUCCUUCAUCCACCAACCAAAUAUGGACUAUCGCUUAAUUCUCUUCCUCUACCGCAAAAAGGACAUCACACACGCAGAAUUCAGAGACCACUACGAAUACAUACACAUACCCCUCACGCGAGAGCUCACCGGCUCCCGCUUCCCCUCCUUGCACUCGAGGCGGUACAUUGAGCGAUCGCCAAACGAUGAGCCGACCGUUCUCAUCGGGAAAAGCACCGGAGAAGAGCCCGAUGCUGUGGUGGAGAUUGGUUUCAAGGACGAGGAGGCGGCGCAGGCCUUCUUUGAUGUGACCAACUCUGGAGAGGUUGAGGAGAGAUUGCGGAAGGACAAUGCGCAGUUUUUGGACUGGGAGAGGCUGAAGAUUAUGAGGAUCGGGAACGCUUUUGAGACACGUAGGGAAGAUUGAGGCGUUGAAGGGCCAUUGGCGAGAUAACUCGGUACAUUUUGUUUGCCUUCAUGUUAACAGUAGCGAUUGCAAAUGUGGCCCAAGGUGGUGGUGCAAGAUUUGCGCCAUGCCUCAACUCUCAUGGAGGUCUUUUGAAGUAAGAGACUGACUUACAUGAUUUCUAAAUGUAUAUACCAGGCCAAAGCAUAUGCGGUUCAGCAUA